AUUUUAAUCUUUUACAAUUUAAUUUAAGUGCUUUUUUGUUAAAAUAGCUUUUUUUUAUUAUAAUAGAUAAAAACAUAUUUCAUUGAAUAUGAUAAUAUUAUUGAAUUAUAUGGAAUAUCACAAAACUCAGCUACUAAGGAUUAUAUUAUGGUUCUUGAAAUUGGAAAAAAUUGUGAAAUAUGUGGUGAAAUAUAUGCAGAUUUGACCUAUAAAUAGUGUAAAUCAUGUCAAAUAAAUGAUCUAAAGAAUAGAUUUGGAAAUUGGACAAGUGGAAAUAAAAUAAUUGAUGAAUUAAUUCAAGAAGAACAACUAAAAAUUAAAAAUCAUGAUGAUAUAAUAGUUGAAUGGAUGCCAUAUUACCGGUUUGGUAAUAUUAAGAAAGUAAACAAGAGUGAUACGACUUUACAAUAUUCAGCAAUAUGGAUGAAUGGUCCAUUAAAAUAUAAUGGAAUAAAGUGGGAAAGAAUACCUAAUAAAAAAGUUACUUUGAAAUAUUUAUGUAGUUCACAAAAUAUUACCAAUGAAAUUUUAAAUGAAGUUAAUUCAUAUUUUAUUAAAGUGAAUAACUUACCAUUAAAUCAACCUACUGAUUAUAGUAGAAUAUUACAUCCAACUAAAGAUAUAUCACCUAAAAUAUAUGGAAUAUCUCAAAAUCCAAUUACAAGAGAUUAUUUUAUAGUUAUUAAAGGUUAUUGUAAAAAAUGUAGUGAUCAUUAUACAGAUAUUGAACAUAAAUGGUGCAAACCAUGUCAAAUAAAAUAUUUAAAAAAUAAUUUUAUAAAUUGGACCAGUGAAAAUAAAAAAAUUGAUGAAUUAAUUCAAGAAAUGCAAUUAAAAAUUAAAAAUUAUGAUGAUACAAUAGUUGAAUGGAUACCAUACGACCAGUUUAAUAAUAUUAGAAAAAUAGGUAAAGGUUGUUUUUCUACAGUAUAUUCAGCAUUAUGGGAGAACGGUCCAUUACAAUAUAAUACAAAUUACGAAGGGUUGGAAAGGGAUCAUAGUAUAGAAGUUGCUUUAAAGUGCUUACAUGAUUCGCAAAAUAUUUCAAAUGGGUUAUUAAAUGAGGUAAAAAAUUACUCUAUCAAUCAUAAUAAAAUUCUUAAAAUAUAUGGGAUAUCUCAAAAUCCAAUUACAAAAGAUUAUAUUAUUGUUCUCCAACUUGCAAGUGAAGGUUUUGUUAAUAGUAGAUAUAUUAAAAAACCUUGGUAUCGAAUUGAAAAAUUGUAUAUAUUGUAUAAAAUUAUUGACUGUCUUGAAAUUAUUCACAACAAUCAAACAGUUCAUCGUGAUUUACAUAUAGGAAAUAUAUUAAUAUUGCCUUCUGAUCAAUUUUCUGAUGAUAUAUGUAUUAUGGAUAUGGGAUUAUGUAAGGAAGUCGAUAAUAUAAGUAAUACAGUUUAUGGAGUUAUGCCUUAUGUAGCUCCUGAAAUAUUAAGAGGAAAACCUUAUACUCAAGCGGCUGAUAUAUAUAGUUUUGGUAUGAUUAUGUAUUUUGUAGCAACUAGAAGACAAACUUUUGCCAAUUGUGCUCAUGAUGGUAUUUUAGCAUUAAAUAUAUGUAAUGGAAUUAGACCCGAAAUUAAUGAGCAGGAAGCACCAAAAUGUUACAUUGAGUUGAUGAAAAAGUGUUGGAGUUCAAAUCCAGAUGAUAGACCAAAAGCGAUCGAAAUUAAAGAGGAAAUUAAUAAACAAAUUGAAGAAGCAAUAAGAAAUAAAAAAUUUAGAUUUUUAAACAUUGGAAGUAACCAAUCAACUGUUCAUCCCAAAGCUUGUUAUACUUCUCGAUUGCUUAAUCCAUUUACAAAGAAUCUCCCAAAGUAACAAUAAUUCAGUAGAAGUCAUUGAUUUUACAAAGUUAACUUACAUUGCUUUUAUUCAAAUUUUGACAAGAAUUUAUUAAAUUAGUUUAUUAAUAGGUUAUCAUCGGGGGAAUAAAAAAAAUUUUAAUUUACCAUUUUAUUCAUUAAUUUUAAAAUAUACUAUGAUA